AUGGAUGUUAAUUGUUGUCCACGUAAUGAUUUUUCAUUUCCUAUGAAAAAUAAUACUAAAGAAUUUGUUUCAACUUGGCCAACACAGGCAUCAUCGUCAAACAAUGGUUUGAGUCUUGGUUCAACAUUAUCAAGUGAAAAUAUCUUCGAUCAAGAACAGAAACCUUUUCAAGAUUAUAUUCUACGUAACACAUCGAAUAUAAUGUCUUUCGAACAAUCGUGUGUAUUACCAUUUCAGCAACUUGUUUUAAAUGAUCUUAAUCCACGAACUAGUAGUUCAUCUAUGCUUCCAUUUUCAUUCAAUAAUGAACCAUUACCAUUCGGCUCAAGUCAUCAAUCGAAUAUGAAUGAUGAAAAUGUUCGACCUCCAUGGUUACUUUCAAUUGCACCACCACCACCACAACAACAACAACAACAACAACAACAAUCGAUGGUUCGCGUACAAGAUGAUACAACAGAAAACAUUCGCCAUUGGAUUGGCGAUUUUUCUACGGAACAAUCGCAUGAUGGAAAUAGUAUUCAUCAAAUUCCAUUACUUUCACAAAAAGUAUUUAUUGGUGGUGUACCACGUUUUGCAACUGAAUCUGAUAUUCAUGCGAAUUUCGAUCGCUUUGGUGUAUUUGAAAUACAAUGGCCAAAAUUACACGGCUUACACAAGGAGCAACAUCGUGAAAAUGGAUUUUUUCAUAUUGUUUUUCAUAAUGCAAAAUCUGUCUGUGCCCUGUUAGAUUGUUGUUCGCGUCAAACAAACAAUAAUGCAUGUGCAGAUUAUUUUAUACAUUUUGAAACAGCAACGGGUUCAAGAAAAACCGUUGAAAUCAUUCCGUGGAAUAUUGGCGAUAAUAAUUAUGCAUUACGACCACCACAACAACUUGACUCGAAAAAAACGAUUUUCGUUGGCAAUCUUCACGGUACAAUGACGGCUAGAUAUUUAUGGCGUUUAAUGGAAGAUCUAUUUGGUGGUGCCGUCUAUGCAGGAGUUGAUAUUGAUAAAUAUAAAUAUCCAAUUGGUAGUGGACGGGUUACAUUCGAUAAUAGUUCAAGUUUUCUUCAUGCGGUAUCAACAGCUUUCGUCGAUGUUCGAACGCCUCGUUUUCUCAAACGUCUUCAAAUUGAACCUCAUUUGCAAUAUCGAUUCUGUUCAUUAUGUAAGACAGCUGCUGGUGAUUUAUUUUGUCGAAAUUUUGCUUGCUUCGACUAUUUUUGUCAACGCUGUUGGCAAAAAAUCCAUAUCGGUAGUAUGGCAGCUCAUAAGGCAGUGACGCGUCAUUCCAAGUCGUCACAGCCACUCUUUCAUCCAUCACUACAAGCGCAAACCGUCGGUAGUGUUAUAGGUACAAAUGGAUUUCAAUAA